UUCUGACAGCACACGUUGACGUAUCCGAUGACGAAUCGUCGCCAGGAUGGCAUCAGAGCGGCACGUGUGCCGGUCCUCGUCAUCCUUACAUGCAUGCACUAGUACUCCACUUUAAUUUUCGUGCGUGAAGAGUCGGAACUUACCAUUAAUAUACAGAGAGUUUGGAUCCGAGUCGAAGAAGAGCACAGAUUUAAACUAAUUGACCUAUUGAAACUUUCGAUUCGCAUUUGGUACGACUCCGUAUGAUACCAAAAUCACUAUUCGAAUUUACUACUAAGAGGGCAGCAGUGAAUCCCGGGAUUCCGUGCACCACGGGAUAUCACACGAUUUGGUUUCCCCUUAUGUGCAUCUCCAUAUAUAGGGGAGUCUCCAUGUAUCACACGAUUUGGUUUCCCCCUGCCGUCGUCUCGCAGAGUUGUCUGUCAGACCUGAUCUUGUUCUCGUCUUUCUCCUUUGUCUUUCUUCGGAUUAAACUUGCAUGAGGUCUCCAUGAACACGUAGGUGAGGCAUCCGUAGAUUCCUCUGAACCUUGUGCCGAGGAGGGCAGUGGGAUGGGAUCUGGUGCUUUGUUUGUUCGUCAAGGACAACCACUGAGAGGGAGAGGAUGCAUGACAGCAGUAUAAAUAAUGCCCUGAGAGCAGCUUCUCCUUGUUGAACAGCGAGGCUUUCUGGUUUCCGAAGCUUGUCUACUAACUUCUUCCAUGGAGAUGAUGCUUAUGGAUUACCUUUACGUGGUAAUUUUCUCGCUGCUGUUCGCUUGGAUUCUUCUGGAGUUUGUAGGAUCAAGGAAGAGCUCCCAAAAGGCCAAUCCAGAGCUCGAACGGUCGCUGCUGUCAGAUGAGAAUGACGGUGUCGCCGGAGAUGGCUUCACCGUGGCUGGGAACUGGAGCCGCCUCACGUUUCGCUGGCUGAAUCCGGUCUUUGAGAAGGGCCGAGCUGAGAGGCUCGAGCUCUCGCAUCUUCCCGGAGUUCCUCCGUCCGAGACUGCGGAGAGCUCCUUCUCCUUGUUGCAAGAGUCGCUGGGAGGCCAGAAGCCGUCGUCAACUAAGCUUCUGGGAGUCGUCGUUCGAGUAGUUUGGCGGCCUUUGGCUUUGAAUGCCGUCUUCGCUGGAAUCAACACGUUCGCAUCCUAUCUCGGACCUCUCCUGAUCACCAACUUCGUGGGAUUCAUCUCCGGAGAAGAUUCGAGCGACGGGCUGUACAACGGAUACGGACUGGCUGCUCUGUUCUUCCUGGCGAAGACGGUGGAGUCACUGACGCAGCGGCAAUGGUACUUCGGCGCACGCCAAAUCGGCGUGCGAGUUCGAGCAGCGCUCAUGGUUGCCAUCUACAACAAGUCUCUCGCGAUCAAGCACGCCGGCGCCAGCACAGGAAAGAUCGUCAAUUUUCUCGACGUGGACGUCGAAAAGAUCGCUGACUUCUUCUGGUACAUCCAUGGCGUUUGGUUGCUCCCCUUGCAGGUCACCCUGGCUCUGCUCAUCCUUUACAGAAACCUCGGUGCGGCAGCCUCGUUCUCGGCGCUCGCCGUGACGAUCCUGGUGAUGGUGUGCAACACGCCGCUGGCGAAUCUGCAACAGAGGCUCCACUCUAAGAUCAUGGAAGCGAAGGACGGGAGGAUGAAAGCCACAGCAGAGACAUUGAAGUGCAUGAGAGUAUUGAAACUGCAUGCUUGGGAAACAGCUUACUUGAACAAGUUGCUCGAGCAUAGAAAUGUGGAGAGGAGUUGGCUCAGGAGAUACCUCUACACAUGCUCCGCCAUUGCCUUCCUCUUCUGGGCGUCUCCCACUUUGGUUUCAGUCGUCGCCUUUGGUGUCUGCAUACUCGUGAGGGCACCCCUGACCGCCGGCACGGUGCUCUCAGCUCUGGCCACGUUCAGAAUCCUGCAAGAACCAAUCUACAAUCUCCCAGAGCUGGUCAACAUGAUCGCACAGACCAAAGUCUCGAUCGACAGAAUCCAGGACUUCAUUAAAGAAGAAGAACAGAAGCGGUUGAAGCCAAGCAACCAAUCCGAGACCUCAGACAUCGGAGUAGAGAUCGAGCCGGGGGAGUACACCUGGGAAGCUGAUUCCAUGUCGAGAACACCCACACUGAAGAUUGAAAAGAAGAUUCAUAUCAUGAGAGGAGAAAAGGUCGCGUUAUGCGGGGCUGUUGGAUCAGGAAAAUCCAGCUUCCUCUGUAGCAUCAUAGGAGAGAUUCCAUGGAUUAGCGGAGGAAGAGUUAGUGUCUUAGGAUCGAGAGCAUAUGUUCCUCAAAGUGCUUGGAUCCAAACCGGAACAAUACAGGAGAACGUAUUGUUUGGGAAGGAGAUGGACAAGAGAUGGUACAGGGAAGUGAUGGAAGCUUGUGCUUUGGAUAGAGAUGUUGGAGCAUGGGCGGAUGGGGACUUGACUGUGGUAGGAGAGAGGGGAAUUAAUUUGAGUGGAGGGCAGAAGCAAAGGAUUCAGCUGGCAAGAGCCAUCUACAACAAUGCAGAUAUCUACUUGUUGGAUGAUCCCUUCAGUGCUGUGGAUGCACACACCAGGAGACACCUCUUUAAGGAAUGUUUGAUGGGGCUUCUGUCCGGUAAGACGGUCAUUUAUGCCACACAUCAACUGGAGUUCAUAGAUGCAGCGGAUCUUAUCCUGGUCUUGAAAGAUGGGAAGGUGGUUCAAUCUGGUAAGUACGAAGAUCUGAUGAUGGACAGCAAUGGAGACCUUGUUCAGCAAAUAGCUGCACAUAAUCAAUCAUUAAGCCAAGUCAGUCCAUCAAAAGAGCACAGUUCAUCAAUAACCACAAGACACAGGAUGAAGCAAGAAAAUCAUGUAGAAGUAAAACUCUUUGAUCAAAGCAAAGUCUCCAAACUUUCAGAGAGAUCAUGUGAAGAAGAAAGGGAAUUUGGACGGGUGAAAUGGCAUGUCUACCGUACCUUUGUGACUUCAGCAUAUAAAGGGGCUUUUAUUCCAGUACUACUGUUCUGUCAAGUUCUCUUCCAGGGUCUACAGAUGGGCAGCAACUACUGGGUUGCCUGGGCAACCGAAAAGGAAGAUCGAGUCAGUAGAGAAAAAUUGAUUGGAAUUUUUAUUCUACUGUCUGCCAGCAGCUCAGUGUUUGUAUUAGGAAGGGCAGUUUUGCUUUCAACCAUUGCCAUUGAGACAGCUCAGAAGCUAUUUGUUGGAAUGAUAACAAGCAUUAUUAAAGCACCAAUGUCAUUUUUUGACUCAACACAUACCAGCCGAAUUCUUAACAGGUCUUCAACAGACCAGAGUACUGUUGACACAGAUAUUCCAUACAGAGUGGCGGGAUUGGUUUUUGCACUUAUUCAGCUUCUGUGCAUCAUUAUUCUCAUGAGUCAAGUGGCAUGGCCAGUAUUGAUUCUCUUCAUUGUUGUAUUCACAAUCUCCAUCUGGUAUCAGAAUUACUACAUCAGUGCUGCUAGAGAACUAGCUAGAAUGGUUGGAAUUCAAAAAGCUCCUAUCCUGCAUCAUUUCUCUGAAUCACUUGCUGGAGCUGCUACCAUCCGCAGCUUCAAUCAGGAAGAGCGCUUUCGUAAAAGGAACCUCACCUUGAUUGAUGACUAUUCACGAAUUACCUUUCACAACUAUGCAACCAUGGAAUGGCUCUCGGUUCGAAUCAACUUUCUGUUCAACCUAGUAUUCUUUGCAAUGCUAACCAUCUUGGUGUCCAUGCCCAGAAAUACUAUUGAUCCCAGCCUUGCAGGACUUGCUGCAACAUAUGGCUUGAACCUAAAUGUACUACAGGCAUGGGUUAUAUGGAAUAUCUGCAAUGUGGAGAACAAGAUGAUCUCGGUAGAGAGAAUUCUGCAAUUCUCAGCCAUACCUAGCGAGGCUCCUCUGGUAAUUGAGCAUUCCAGGCCAGAAGAAAACUGGCCCACAUCUGGAACCAUUGAACUCGAUGAUCUCAAGGUUCGUUACAAACCUAAUCUUCCGAUGAUCCUAAAAGGGCUCAGUUGCACUUUGCCUGGAGGGAAGAAAAUUGGAGUCGUGGGCAGGACAGGAAGUGGGAAAUCGACACUCAUCCAAACUAUUUUCAGAGUAGUAGAACCAACAUCAGGAAGGAUAGUGAUUGAUAGCAUAGAUAUUAGCCGAAUUGGUUUACAUGACUUGAGAUCUAGGUUGAGUAUAAUACCACAAGAACCAACACUUUUCCAAGGAACUGUGAGAACAAACUUAGAUCCUUUGCAGCAGCACCCAGACUCCGAAAUCUGGGAGGCACUCUACAAGUGUCAACUUGGAGAGAUAGUAAAACAAGAUCAGAGACUGCUUGAUGCACCAGUUGCUGAAGAUGGGGAGAAUUGGAGUGUUGGGCAGAGGCAGCUUGUUUGCUUGGCAAGGGUGCUGUUAGACAAGAGGAGGAUCCUAGUUUUGGAUGAGGCCACAGCAUCAGUAGACACAGCAACUGAUAAUUUUAUUCAGAAAACUAUCAGAGAAAUAACCAAUAACUGCACUGUCAUUACAGUGGCACAUCGAAUACCCACCGUCAUUGACAGUGAUCUGGUUCUGGUUCUCGAUGAAGGAAAAAUUUUGGAGUUCAGUUCUCCUAAGGAACUUCUCAAAGAUGAAUCAUCGGCCUUCUCAAAAUUGGUGAUCGAUUUUCUUGGGAGGUCCAAGAGUAAUCAUGAAUUAGAACUUGAAUGAAAGCAACUAAUAGGUGGUUAGUACACAAACAUCAGAAGAUUCUGCAUUCAUUCUGGAAAUACAAUCAUCUAAUGACAUAGGAAUUAACACCGAUAUACAGAGAAAAAAGUUGCUUUCUAUAGGAUACAUGCACUAAUAUGUAUAGUAACAGAGGAAAAAAACGGGAAGAAAGAAAGAGCGGAUGGAAAUUAAUGGGACAUGUUAAUACUCUUCCAGAGUGUAAAAAACUAGUGUAGCAUGCUUCUGCUGUCAGACCAUACUUUUUUUAUGCUAAGAAAAAGGUAUCGUAGUACACAAAGCUACCUCCAAUGUGGAAUCGAAGGAUGGUCAAUGCAUAUAGUGUUACACUGCUAGUUAUAGGUGCUCAGCAAGCAUUAUGAUGUUCAAUAUAAAAUACUUUAUAUUAUAUUGCUUAUUGCAUGCUA